CACAGAUGUAGCCAGACGCCCAGUCACCAUUUUCAUUGAGGUACCAUCGUCUAUGUACCGAGUCCGGAACUAGCAAAGCGAAGGUAAUUCUGUGAUCCUUCUUCGGACUGUUGGGCACCCACCUGGAAGAGGAAGAAAGAGUUGGUGAGGUGGUGAUCUGUCUGCUGCUGUUGCUGCUGCUGCUGCUGCUUGUCUCGAUUCUGCUAGUGAAGAUGGUGCCGCAGCAUUUGCUGCUGCUCUUCGGGGUAUUGACAUCCCCUGCCUGGGCAUCCAACGAAUGUCAUGCGCCGUUUGAGCUUCUCCUGGACGAGUUUUGUGUACACGUGAAGGUGACUGCCCCGCCUGAGGGAAGUGGGCAGCCUCUGAGGUGGGCGGAGGCGAGGGCGGAGUGCAUCAAGCUGGGCGGAGACUUGGCAGUGGUGGGUCGCACUGAGAAGCUUCAAGCCAUCUCCCACUAUAUUGAUAAGUCACUGCCUGCCUGGGCUAGCAAGUUUAUCUUCUGGGCCGGUGGUCACCGCAUCGGGUCAAGUCCCUGGAAGUGGACCAACGGUAGGCAGAUCAACCUCAAGUCUCACGUGUGGACUCCCAGCAGACCAGAUAAGACAACAGAGAACCGCUACACAAUGGUCGUCCCCGUCGACGAGGUCUACAAUAGAUUUUACCUGCAGGACUACAGGGAAGACCAGGUUGCCCCGGCUUUUAUCUGUGAGAAGGGAGAGAGCUAGAGAAUGAGGGAGGGGAAGGAAACGAAGGGUGAAGGAGAAAGAGAAAGUAAGGGGUGAGGAAUAAUGAAUGAGGUGGUAGGGGAUAAUGUAUUACUGAAGGGAUUUUUCACUAGAUGUGAGGUACUGUAUUACUCUCUCAAUCUUAUCUGCCCAAGUUGAGAGGGGAAACGAAUACAAAACAUGAAAAGAAUUUCCACUAAAAAGAAGCCAGCAGCCGUCCUCUCCCCAAAAUUAAUGAGAACCAAAACUCAUUAGAAUUACCUAACAAUCGAAACUAUCACGCUGGAGUCAUCAGGAUACCCAGGAGGGAAGGUAAACACAGGACUGAGGAUAUCUCUACAAUGUCUACUUUUAUGAAACCGGUUCGGGGAACCUAGUCCCCUGGGGAUGGGGGGGAGGGGGGGGAAGGGGAAGAAUUAGCGUAAAGAGUUGGGCGCUAAAAACAUUAGAGAAAACAAGGUACUCAGUGCAUCGUUUCUUGUUGUUGCAGCGCGUUGUUACUGUCUUCCAGAGAAGUAAUGCUUCGUGAGACAGAGAGAAAGAGAAAUUAUAAAAUCUUAUAUUACAAUAGUCACUUUAGUUUUCCGCUGUCAGAAUUUGGUUUGGUUCUUUGAACUGUAUGUCAUUUAUCCCUGUUCUUAAUCCAUGCCAGCGUACCACAGGGAUAUAUGCUUGGUUCUUUGCUUAAAAGGUAUUCAUGCUACAGAAGAAAGUGCUCAGAAAUUUGGUCAGGUGAGACGUAUAAGUCUCCGUAAACAUGGAACUCGUGUUAAGUGCUUCACCUAGCAUACUAAAUAGGUGUCACUCAGCUAUGAGAGUAACGUGGUCUAAAUAAAGGUUUACUCACUUAAACGUGUCUUUGUACUACUGUACAGUAAAUAAGUCCUUGUUGUGGGUGGCAUCCUGGGCUUGUCUCCUUACACCUCUUGUCAAUGCUUACGACAUACUUGGGUGUCAAAAAUCUUACACUUACUACCCAGGUUCACCUUGCAGUAAAUAGGUACCUGACUGUUAGUUUCUUUACACUUGCUAUUCAUGUGCACCUCGCAGCUAAUUGGGUCACGAAUAUUAGUCAGCUGUUGUGGGUGACGUCUUGGAGAGGGUAUGGAAGAGCACCCUGGGGACGGGCAUUAACCCGUAAACGGUCCAAACGUAUACAUACCUUUUUUCAA